AGGGGCGUGGUUUCGUUGGAGGCAAAACACCCUGAAAGGGUUUAUCGUUGUUAGCGGUUCAAACCAGGAUCGCAAUAUAAACUCGAGUGCAUUUCACUGAGAACAGGAGAGAAUACCAAGGAGCGGUAAACACACAAGCACGCCGACGGACACUGGACGUUGACUUCUCGUGAGGAAGAGCGCCACGUAGAUCUGCCCGCAGUAAACAGCUAGCCUCGUUAGUUAGUUAGCAUAUCUAACGUUAGCUCAUGCUGCAUCUUUUCUACUCGGAAGUUAAGUUUUAGGACGAAACUAACGAAUCACAAUCAGAACUUCUGCACUCGGCCUUUUUUUUCUAACCCCGAUUUAAAGCGUUAAUGUAUUUUAGUUUGUGUUGGUCAGAGUUUAGUUCAGACUCAGCCACAGACGACGAGCUUCUUUCUGGUGUUUUACAGCUUUCCUCCAUGUUCUUUCUCUCGCAUUCAUCCAUCAUGUUGACAACCGGUCUGCUCAUGUAAAUGCCUUGAAGCCCAUGUUUUAAGAAUAACAUCUGACAGGCUCACGAGUAAAGUCAGUGAUAGAAAACUGCAGGGGAGUCGCGAGCUGUGAUUUAUGGGUCCUCUUAAAUAAUGAAUGUUACGAUCAGUGCGCAAAUUGUCUUUUUGUUAGUCGUGUUUGAUAAACAUUUUACACUUACCGAGUUUUUAAAAUGUACUAACUGAUCGUUCAAUAUUUCACAUGCGCAUUUAUUUAAGCUGUGUGUGUGUCUGUGUGUGUGUCUCCAGUAAAGAGUGCACAUUGCACAAUCAACAAGUCGUCAUGCUGGACUAGACAUUUCCAGUUGGUUUGUUGUGUGUGCAACACGACUGCUGGUCACAACUGCUUUUGAUGAGUGGCUUCUGUGUUUUGAGCAGCACCAUGGAUGGAGGUGAAGAGCCGAACACGGGCCCCACCAAUGGGAAUCCUCAGACAAGUGGGAACUCUCGUGCUCCCCAGAUCGCCCACAUGUCCCUCUAUGAGAGACAGGCUGUACAGGCUCUCCAAGCACUGCAAAGACAGCCAAAUGCAGCUCAGUACUUCCAGCAGCUGAUGCUGCAGCAGCAGAUCAACAGUGCCCAACUCCACAACUUGGCCGCCGUGCAACAGGCUGCUACGCUGGUAGCUAGUCGACAGUCCAAUACGCCGAGUAACAGCAUGUCCCAGGCAACCACCACUGUCAACCUAAGCACCACAUCUGCAGGAGGCACCAUGACCAAUCCCCGUCCCCACGGUCCGGCCACAACAACAGCUCUCAACCAGUCAGUGCUGCUCGGAGGAAACUCUGCAGGACAGGGGCAGAUGUACCUCAGGGUCAACCGCUCUCUUCGGGCUCCCCUAGCCUCUCAGCUCAUCUUCAUGCCUGGCGGUACAACAACAGCUACUGUAGCAGUUGCCCAGACACAGCCGCAGCAGCAACAACAGCAGCCACAUGAAGUCCCUCCUGCCGGUGCUCAGUCUGACAAUGAUCAGGUGCAGAAUCUGGCCCUCCAUUGUACCCCCAGAGCCGUUGCGGUCAAGUCUGAGAUUCCGGAGAGGAAAGAUGUCGCCGGCUUUCCUCUUGGUCACCAGCUGCAGACUUUCGCCCAGACAGCUCAGCAAGUGCAACCACAACAGCAGCAGCAGAUGGCCAAACCCAACUUUACUCAGCAGUCCUCUGCCAACACCAUGACUUUAAAGACUGGUACUCCUGCUGUUACAGUAGCACCUUCCUCCACCUCCUCUCAAGCACUCCCUCUCUCCCAACUCCUCCUGUCUUCCUCUGCUGCCCCUGUGAUCCUGGUCCCCACCUCGAAUGUCACAACCACCACCACCCAGGGCUACUCCAUUGGCUCCGUGACCCCAAAAGCCAACGUGAACACACAGACUCUGGUGGUGCAGCCUCUACAACAGGCCAGCGCCACUACAGAAAAAGGACCUGUGCCGAUCCAGCCCAAGACAGCUCAGGGACACCGCUUACCUGUGCAGCUGCCUCCUCGACACCCACCUCACAUUCUCCCGGCGCCACCGAGCAACAUCCAGCACAACAGUCCCCAUAUCCCUGUGCAGCUCGUGGGAGCCCGGCAGGGCUUAACAGGAAACCCUCAGGCUGUGGCUUUGGCACGGAGCGGCACGGCCCACGAAGGGACCGCUGGGGGGAAUGUUAACACGGUCUCCAACAACAGUGCGAUGAUUAAGGCCGCCAUUGGCUCUCUGAAAAGAAAAUCUGACUGCGAUGCUCCAAAUGAGAUGGCGACAGAUUCUUCAGAACCUACACCCAUGAAAGAUUCUGCACCUGCCUUAUCCCCGGCCCCGACAAAGACCUCGGCUGCAUUCUCAUCUCCUCCCACACUGUCGUUGCCUCUUCCCUUGUCGAGAGUUGGGCACGGGGACAAAGACAGAGCACCUGUUCCCCAGGCAGUGGUCAAACCUCAAGUGCUCACCCACCUCAUCGAGGGCUUUGUCAUCCAGGAGGGAGCUGAGCCUUUCCCCGUUGCUGGACUCCUCAAAGACAGAGAUUUUGCCCUGGUUGGCCGCUCAGAGAACGGGCCUCCGUUGUUAAAAUGUGAGUAUUGUGGAAGCCUCGCUCCAGCCAGCCAGUUCAGAGGAUCAAAGAGGUUUUGCUCAAAUACCUGUGCAAAAAGGUAUAACGUGAGCUGCAGUCAACACUUCAAGACCAGCAGAGGGAGGAGUGGUGCAGGGCUGGCUCCACCUCCAGCAACCAAUGAGAGCACUGCUCCGCGAAGAGGCCCGUCUCGCAGGAGUAGUUCUAAUAUCACUUGUCAUAAUGUCUCAAGCAGGCCUGUGACGUGUCACUCGGAGUCCAGUCGCUCGGAGGAUGUAUCCAGCGACGGGGACGAAGAGGACGAUUCUCCCUCACUGUCCCCAAGCUCCUCCCACUCCUGCUCCAGAGCUGAGCUCGACGCUGCUCCGUCUGACAGCGUCGCUCCCGGGAGCCUCCCACUAGAGGGUGCUAGCUUCCUCUCAGCGACGCCUGGCCAGUGGAGCGUGGAGGAAGUCUGCAGGUUCAUCUCUUCGCUUCAAGGCUGUGAAGAGUUGGCUGCCCAGUUUCUGUCACAGGAAAUCGACGGACAGGCUCUGAUGCUCCUGCGAGAGGACCAUCUCAUCUCCACGAUGAACAUCAAGCUGGGUCCCGCUCUCAAGAUCUGCGCCUCCAUCAACAGCCUGCGUGAGUGACUCGGCGAGUUCCUCCGGGAGCACCAGGAUCACUUUCUCAUUGACGCCUCCUCGCUGCCAUCAACACGUGGACCUGCUCCUCUUUUAGUCCCAAGUUAAAAAGACUUCCAUGAGGACAGUGAGGAUGUUUUUUUUUAACAAAACAAUUGUGCACCAUCAGCCAUGUGGAGACAUGUUUUCUUUCUGGACAGUGAAUGUACAAACACAUGUUCUGUGUAUCGUGUUUAGCGUGAGUGGUGAGCGUGGACAUGUCAAGUGAUGUUCGGCUUUCUUUCCGCCGCUGUGAACUCGUUCUUGUAACUAGGACCGUUCACCUGUUGGGUAAAAAGGAAACGUUGCCUUCUUGCUGCAUUUCAAACGGUGCUUUAACUUUACUGACAUAUGGAGUGAUGUCCACGUCAUUUAUAUAUUCAAUCUUUUUUAGAAGUUGUUUUUUUACCGUAGAUGUUCCAUCUAGGCUCACAUCAAGCAAAAGACACUAAAAGCGCCUGGACAUUUAUUUAGUUGAUUUUACUAGUUCUCAAAAGUUUAGUUUUGUAUCUUUUCCAUUUUGUACUACAAUCAAAAUUAUUUUUUCAUGGAUAUGACAUAGUUUUAGUUGCUUUAAUCAACUUAACUACCUGAAAAUAGGUAUUCCUCGUGGUUCGCUCUCUCAAGGGCCGAGUGGAAGUGCUCUGUGUAAUGUAUGCAGUACUACCAAUAAACUAUACCUGUUACUGGA